AUGCCCAGCCUUCCCGAGUCCCGUCAGCCCUACGUCGCGCCCUCGGCCCAGGACAGCAGGUCUCCCUGUCCCGCGCUCAACUCCCUCGCGAACCACGGCUACCUCCCCCAUGACGGACGCAACAUCUCGCUCAGCCAGCUCGUUUCUGCAGUGCAGCACGUGUACGGCAUCUCCCUCCCUUUCGCCUCCAUCCUCUCUCUCGGUGGCCUCGUCAAGUGCGGACACCGUUCUGGAUUCGGCCUCGUCCUCGACCUGCACGACCUCGCGAAGCACAACGUGAUCGAGCACGACGCGUCUCUCGUCCAUGCCGACACACAACCCGGCGAGACUUUCGCGCCCACCGCGGUCGACCCCGCGCUGCUCGCGCGCCUCCUCGCGACCACCUCCGGGGAUGCGCUCUCGCUCGAGGACUUGUGUCGCGCGCAGGUGGCGCGGCACGCAGAGUCGCCCCCGCUCAACUCCGUCCAGAGCUUCGUCUCCAAGGGCGAGCUCAGCCUCAUCCACGACGUCUUCGGCGUCGCCCCAGAGCCCGACGCGAAGGCCGAGGGGAGCUCCCUGACGCCCAUUGCGUCGACGUCCAAGAGCGCGAACGAGGAGCUCGUCGUGCCCAAGGAAUGGCUCGCCGUCUUCAUGGGCCAGGACCGCCUGCCCGAGGACUGGCACGGGCCCUUCCGCACCGUCGGCGUGCACGACACCAUCUCGCACGCGAAGCAAAUCGGGGCCCUGGAGGCGAAGCUCGCCUCGCACGACGCCCCCGUGUAG